CAAACUAAAUUUUUUUAGCUAAGCAAAAAACGAAGAAGAAGAGACCACCACCAUUUGUACAUCAGUGAGAGGAGAGAUUAUUUGCCAUAUGCAACCAGUUUCUCGUUAGUAUCGAAACUUUUUGAAGCAAAGUUUUAAUGACAAAGAAUUUGGUGGGCUGAAUGCAAUUUAAAACUUGCCAUCAACAACAAGAGACUUAAGAAGCUUCACCCAGCUUUUGAACCUGGCAAAAAUUAAGCUGGUUUAGAUGCUUGACCACGCAAAUUUCAAAUUACUUUCAGCUGCAAAGAUAUGGCUUUAAAAAAACCAAAAUCACCUCAAUCAUUCUGCUCCAAAGUCUGAUAAACAAGAUUGUUUUCAAGGGGGUUUGAAGGUGGAAGGAAGAAAAACAACUUUGGCGGAGAUCUGAAAAACGAUAUAAGAGGGUUUCCUUCCGAUACCUUUUUGCUGACGAAUUAAGACAUCGCAACUUUCGUUAUAACCAAACCCAUAUAUUGUAAAAAAUCGGCUUUUUUCUAAUACUUCGUGUUUAAGGUCUUGGCUAAUUAGGAUGUGCUAUUGCCACUAAGGUAUUAUAUGUAUUUGCCACACCCAUUGUGUCAAUCCCAGCAAAAUACUAUGCCAAUUUUUUUAAAAAUUUGUGGAUCUGUAGAAAUAAUAGGCACUGUCAAUCAAGGGAAAACAGUUAAUGGCCAUACCUACUAGUGGCUAUUAAUCAAUUUGACCAAUUGGUGACUAAAAAAGAUGUAGAAAUGCUAUGUGGACAACUUUCAUAACUAGAUAGGCCCAAAAGGCUUGCAUGGGAAGCUGAUAUUAGUUUGUGUAAGAAAAUAUGAACAGAAUGAUAUAAUAAUGAGAAUCAUCAUCAGCUAAAGAAAUGAACCUAUUCGAUGAGAAGAUUUUCCCCUGCAGUUUAGGACGGGCACUGACAGAUUUAAUAGUAUUUUGGGAAAAGUUUAGAGUGAGAAAGCGGCAGAGAGUUCAAAGUGUAGUAACCUUUCCCUUGUCCAGUUUCGAAACUUUCAAAGUGGCUAGUUAAUAUUGGCGGGUAGCCACAAUAGAGUUUUCAAGUGUGACGCUUUAAAAAGAUAUCUUCAGGGCUUUAAAUUUGUACUACAUUACUUAAUGGGACCUCACGAAUUAGAUCCAAAUAUGCAGUAUCAGUUAGAUUUGCUAUGAAUUGAACGAGGUUGGCCAGUAAAUGAUAUUAAAUUUGGAAGUAUCCUACAGAUUUCUGCUAUCUAUGUAUGGUUCAUCAAAUUUAGAGCAGAGACAAAAUUUCAGUGAUUUGAUGGUGACAGAGCCUGGGCUCAAGUUUCUACUUAGCCUCUUAGCCAGUUUACUCAAGUUGCUGUUGAUGAUAAAGAGGCCCCCUAAAAAUGUCACUCUUCAGUAACGUUCCGCACACUAUGAAAAAAGUUUGCGCUUACGGAUAGUGGAAUUACAAGUAUCAAUGCAGUGAUUCUGCUUUUAAAGAUGCUCCUUCCGACCAAACAUAGUGUGGUCUUUUUCCUAUAAAUGUUGGUGGCAAACCGGGUGUUGCAGGUGGCAGUGAAGCUGAGACUAAGGAUGUAUAUCCACAACCACAUGCUUAGGGCUUAGGCCGCUACACUGUCAGAAUGAGCUUGAUUAAUACCGUUGUUAUACCACCUGCAAAGUUAUAGAUAACUCUAAGUUCUUUCACGGAGAUUGAUACACACAGCAGUUAUUUAAAGGUAGAGAUAUGUUAGGCCGUUUUUAACUCAGCGGUGUAUCCUAUUGACAAUGACCGAUGAGACGCUCGAUAAUAAUGGGUCUUUACAAAAUACGACGAAAGCUCCAGUUUAUAACGACGACGAAUGUGACCAAGAGGUUUCUAAGAUUACAAAUGGGAUUGACAAUAUUGGUUGCAGAGUUGGAGAUAAGAAAUCAAAAGAUGUACUGGAAUCCAGUAACCAAGCGAUAAUAAUGAUGGAAGCGAAUGUCAAACAAGAUGGUGAUAACGAAAUUGGCCAACGUGAGCAAAUGUCUUGCCAGAGUUGUCAAGAUACACAGGAGAAAUGGGAGUCGUAUAAAAUCUCGACAGAAGCAAAUUUUUCCUUGCUUAAAGAAAAACUAAUGAACACAAGUGAGCUGAUUAAAGCAUACAAACAAAAAUGCUUGGAAUGUGACAGUCUGUCAAAAGAAAACCAAUCCAUGGGAGAAAAACUAAAGAAAUGCUACAGUGAGAAUGGAGCCUUGAGAGUUCAACUAGAAAAGGCAAAGCAGGCAAACGAGCCCUUGAAAAAGGCUGCUACCAGGUUUGAAAAUGAAAAGAAGUACUCUGAAGCACGGAUUGAAGAUUUGACAGAACAACUAAAAACAAAACAGAGUCAUGUUGACAACCUUGAAGAUGCUUUGAUUGACAAAGUGGCAAUGUCAACCUCAAUCAAUGCCUCUUCAAAGAAGUUCGAGAAAGAAAAUGCAUCAUUAACAACCAAGUUAGAGAAAAAAGAAAAGGAGAUUGAAAAGCUGAAAACCCAGGUUAAAACGGCAAAAACUGCUAGGCGAGAAGCAGAUAAAAGAACCAAAGAUGCUAAGAAGCAAAUUGAAAAGAUGACUCAGCAGAUCAAAAACUUCCAGGAUAAACUAAAUGGCAUAAAAGAAUCUCCAAAAAAAGGACAGCGCCAAAGAAAGGGAAUCAAAUCUCAAAAGACUAGCAUUCGGUUUGUUAAAAGUAGCUGUACCGGCACACAAAAGAGGGAGGAUGACUCACCCAACGUUGAAAUUUCCAAUCUUGAGAAUGACACAGAGAUAAGCACCAAUGACGUAUUAAUUGCAGAUGAUACACAGGAUGACGAGGUAGCUGAAAUCCUAUGCAAUGUUGUACACAAGCCACCUGGAAACUCAGACUCUUUCAAAGACAGCUUUGUUCCCGAAUUUGCCAUUCCUUCGCCACCAUUAUCACCAAUACCUCCAUCCCCAGCUCCAAUAAGAAACAGAACCAAAGGGGCUGUCCAAAUUCAAAGAGGAAUGCAAAAGAAAAGGGCAAAGUUAAACUUUAGCAAAAGCGAGAGUACUGUUUCUAAUCCCAGUAGAUCUUUGAGUCCAAACAUCUGCAAAAGUGGGGCAGUGAGUGUGCCUCGAAAUAAUAAUAAACAUCGAAAAAGGAAGUUUAUUGAUCGUCAGUAUUCGAGUGACGUAGAUGACGACUUGAAUGAAGAUGUUCCUUUUGAAAAUGUCUCUGUUUUGAAAAGGUCUUCUAGUGAACCUGCGUUAAACGCUCUCGCAAAAACCGUGGCUGGAAGUUUUGAUAUAACACUUGAAAGGACCACGUUUAUACUUAAAGGCGAAAGAGAUGGAUCGUCAAACAAUGAAGAAACAGAGUGCUCUCUGACUGGCCAAGAUGACCUUGUUUUUAGCAAUUCAAAUGAGGAUAAUUCCGGCAAUAUUUCAGAUGGGGCUACUUGUAGAUUGACGGAUGAUUUAUUAGGCACUAUUUCCAGUGAUGAAGAAGAUAUACACGACUCUAAUGGCGAUGAAUUGAAUGGCUAUGAUGGUAACCUUUGUAAAGACCCUCGAAGCCCUAAUAUCAGCAAAGAGCAAAGUACUCCGUCAGUAAUAGGUGACGCAAACUGUAGCAUAGUGCCAGGAACGAAUGAAGAAGCAUCAGAUGUCAAUUUGGAAGAGACAACAAGGAAUUCCGCAGAUUUCUCGAACUCCUUUCUAGUUGCCAAUUUAACUGCAAGGACUGGAGGUACUGCAUUUUAUAAUCUGAGUGCAGAAAGCGUUCAAGAUACUGUUAUUCAGCAAUGUGAAGAAAAAGAUACAAGCACAUCUUUAAAGCAAGACACUCUUAAAGAAGACUGCGGACAAGAUCAAGUGCACAAUGAAACAAGAACAGAGGAUUAUAAUGUCAGUGACGUAGGUCCACCAGUUAAUUCUGAGGUAUGCGAGAAUCUCGGUGGACAUUCAUCAGCUGACCCGGACAGAAAUGCUGUAAAGUCUAGUAAUGAAUCAGUUAAAACAGACACAUGUGAAUUUCCUGGAAAUCACGAGGUUCUAUCAAGUGAAGAAAGAGCUGUUUUUACAAAGAUACACGGAAGUACCCAUGAUUCGCAAACAGCGGAAGACGAAAAUGAAAAUGAAAUAAAAGAAAGCAAGGAUGAGAAGGGUCGAUCGAAUUCCUCAGAAAACAAAAAAGACAGUGAUGGAAAACAUUUAGAUGAUUUCAGAAAAAGUCACAAUAAAAGGUCAAUUGAGUCAUUGGGUAUCUGUCAAGAGGCACCAUCGGUCAGUUCCAAGAAAUCGAGAUUCACUGAAGGCAAAAAGGAAGAGAUUGAACAGGAAAUAGUGGAUAGCCAAAGAAGCGCAACGAAAACUUCCGGGACCAGUUCAGAAGAAAAUCUCGAAAAAAGUGUUGACAUAAUUUCUGCAAAAACUACUACAUUCCAAAAUGUUAGUAUUUCAAACCAUUCGGCUUCAGAAAGCGUUGCUAAGAAACCAAAUCUCACUUCAGCUGAGAGUGUAGAUAUGUCAGUAAAGAGCAAGCAAAAUUUGGUUUCGACUGAAUUUGAUUUGAAGCGUUGUCAAGCCCCAGCUUAUAUAGACAAUAGUUCGCAUUUAAAAACAGCUGUUACUACAGACGAAGGCCAUGUGACAGUAAAGAGUGAACGUAAAGAUUUAAAAUUACUUACAAAAGAGGACUUUGUUGUUUCUGAACACAGUAAUACCGUGCAAUGUGUUUCCAAAACCAAAGAAAGGAAAUUGGUAUCAACUCCGCCAAGUGAAGAAAAAUCUCAAAAUCUGUGCAGCUUAAACCAAGAGAAAGACAACUUUUUGUUUGAAAAUCAUGUUUUGUCAGAAAUAGAAUCAAGUUUCGAUAGCAAGAAGUUGUUAAAAACAAAAUCCUCUGAAGCUUUGAAAGUUGAAAAUAGUUUCAGACAGUCUGUCAAAACCUCUCUGGAAGGGCAAAGUCAAAGCGGCGCUGUAUGUGUUGAUCUGAAUUUGCAAAAGGAGACCAAUGGGAAAUCAUCUUCUGGUUCAGAAGAACCCGGAUCAACAUUGAUUAACAGAUUGCUGCAAAGCUCUGAUAACGGCGUUUCAACAGCUUCGGGUGAUAAUGACAUUAAAGAACAAUCAAGUGGUCCUCUUGCGCAGGCGAUUUCUUCAAGCCAAAGUACUGCCAUAAAAAUGACGUCAUCUGAUAACGUGGCUGACUUAGGACAGCAAGAGAUCGAGAUGGAGAUCUCCAUUGCUUCAAUCAUGGCGGAGGAGACAGCCUCUUUUCCGCGACUGUCCCCUCUCCCUCCAUCUCCCCCUUGCCAACAGCUACCAAUGUUGUCCCCACUGCCAAUUACUCCAUUGCCAGAUUUAGUGUCGCCUCUUUUAUCGCCACCAAAACUUGCCUCGCCAUCAUUAAUGCAUGGCAUCAGCCUGGUAAGCAGCGCCAGUCAGCUUUCAAUGCUUGCAAAACCCCAGGCAAUGCUGCCAUUCAAUUCAAAACGAACACUGGAUUUCACGUUGAAAACAGAUGGUUCUGCCAAAAAAAAGUUGGUUAAUGGGAUCAAGAAUGGCAGUGUGCCUCCUGAACCAGCGCUUGCUGAAAUCGCCGCUGAAGUCAAGAACGACUCUGUUAAUGAAAAGAUUGAACUCCUGGCUGGUAGAAGUGCAAACACAUCAUUACUGCAGGAGGUUUCAGGUCACAGUGCUAAAAUUGGUAGUGAUAAAAAUGGGACAGUUGCAGAAGGGAAAGCAGGGUGUAGGGUUUCAUUAUUUGCAGAUACCAAGUCAAUUUUGUCGUUUGAUGCGAAUUUUGAUGGAAGUGUUGAGAAGGGAACUGAAGGAGACAAAGAACAAAGGUUUGUUGAUACAGAGAAAAGUCUCCGCAAAGAGAUACAAGAGCCCUGUUCCCGUCGAAGUAAAAGAAAGGUGGAAGAAAAUUCUGAUGAGUUACACGGGCGAUCAUUGCGAAGUAAAAAGGGAAGUCAACCAAGUAUGAUUGGAGAAAAGAAGGUAGAUGAAGAAAGAAUAUGUAACAAUUUUGACACUUUUGAAGAAGAUGCUUCGUCCAGAGGAUGCGCCCCUAACAGGAGAAAAGGACAGAGCAAGCCGGAAAGCAAGCGAAUCCUUCGCAGCACAGUUCAAGGUAAAAAAGUCAAGGACAAUCCAUUUGCAAAUAAAGUUAACACUGGUAUAGGCAAUAGAGGCAAAAAAUACACAGGGAAUAAUGCUAGAAUUUGCCAAGGAGAUGCUCAGCAAAAUGUCAAAUCGGAAGUCAAUGAUAUGGGUGAUAUCAAUCGUGAUAUAGAGUCCAAAGAAAGUUCUUUAAAAUCAGCGUUGUGUAUUCCCACAAGCUGUCCAAGUGAUUAUGACCUUGUGAAUAAUGAUAAGGUCGACAGUAAUGUCGCUGAGAAGAGCCUCCCUACCAGGGGUGUUAGGCAGUCCGAAGUAGAAUAUGCGCAGUUCUGUUUAGCAUGUUUGAAGAACAAUGCAACACCCAAAGAAGUGGUUCAACGGUUCAGCUCAUUUAAGAACGUGUCAUCAGCCACUUCAAUCGUAUCGGCCAUAAUUGCGUUCUUAAAACUUGAGGGCCAAGAAAAUCUUCUUCCUGCUUAUCAGAGAUUGGGCUGUGUUGACGACAGUGGCCAGUUUGAGGUUGAAAGCAUUAAAAUGCAACCGAGGCAAAAUGAAACGAGUAAUCAUGUAGAAAGUUUUAGCAACCUACCCGUUCUUACAGAAAUGGAACAGCUGAUACUGAGGGUUGUCGCAGACUGUAUGAAGAUUCCACACUUAAACAAUAUCCUUAAGCUUUUACUGCAGCGUUUACCCAAGUCGAUUCUUGGCGAAUCAAAUACGAGAAAAGAAGGAAUGUUAUCGCUAAGCCGACUAAUGACAGCUUUGAGUUGUGGCAACCAGAAUGUCGAUGGCUACAAAGAUUUCUUGUACAAUGUUACUUGGAGUAAGGCUCUUUCAGAGAUUCACGGUGCUAUUUUGAUUUCCUGCUUUUGCGUGUGGCCUAAGUUGUUUUCGAGCGCAAAUGACCCACUAGAGAUUCUCGAACGACGGGAUAGAUUUGGAACCCAGUCAAUUUUGUUCUCAACUCAAGUCAUUGCUUGCUACAAAGCAUCAGAGAACAAAGACUCGUUGACGUACAAGGCUCUGCAGAAAAUUCUUCCGUGGUCUUCGACAAAACAUGAUCUUCUUGAUAGUCUGUGCGAUGUACUGAUGGACUUGCUGGAAAGUGACCAUCUCCAGAAUGACUGCUUAUCCACAGAUUCAAACGAGUUCUUUGGACCCGCCGUAAAUGACAUCAAAAGGUCAUUUCUACUCUUGGCAAAACACAAAGGUUGGAUCUGGUGUAACAAUACGCUAAUUCGUGAAUAUCUGUGGAACAUUUUUCGUCGAUGGAGUCAGCAAUUCUCAGCUAAGAGCAAUGCUGUUGAGAAAAAGGUUUCCGAUGCAACGAUUGCCACAUCAAUUAGGAUUAUAGGGGAGGUAUCACAACUCGGGCUGGAAGAAGGAUACGAAGACUUCGGAAUUAUUGUCAGAAUGUGUACUGGAAUACUCAGUAGAUCCAAGAUACUUGCUGCAAUACCAAAAAUUGUUCAGAUAGCCUCUGCCUACACCUUGCUAGACAUUGUAUCAACUGAUCGAGAAUCAAUAACAGCUCAACUAACAUCGUGGCUUGCUCAAACAAAAUGCGGCAUUCCCUUUGAACUUGAGCAGAAGAUACACUCCUUGCAAGUUCAGAAAGACUUUUGAUUUUCCAAAAGCUGUCCCAAAUGGUCUCUCCUUUGCUGGAUUUGCAAUCUCGACACACUCAAAAGUUCUUCGCGAAAUUAGAAGUCGUAUAAUACCAGCGAGUUUUUAUAACCCAUACCAUUUGGUGUAUCUUUGCAAGACAUUUUUUGUUAAUAGUGACAUUUCUUAUUGUACAUAGAUGUUAUUUUUAUAUGUUAUAUGUUUGUGUUUCUUAAUAAGAUAUCAAGCGCUCUUGUCCAGGAUCUAUUUUGAGUUUGCGCUUCCUAAGAAGACCCUAGUGGAAGAAAGCACUAAAGACACUAAUUUUAUUCAUAGAAAAUGCUUUUUAAUGUAUCAUUACCCUAAUAAUGCUCUCGUUUUUAUACUGAGUUCUGCUGAUACGCUCCUUCAGUGCAAAAUAUUAUCAAUGCAUGCAUUUUUCGUCACAGACUCAUUGUGUGUGCCCUUGCAUAAUAGUUCGAGGGAGGCAGGCCUACCCGUUGGCUAUAUGGUGUAAGCUCUUACAGUGCCAACUUUAGUGUUUGUAAUUUCAUAUCUGUGUUAGAAAACUAUUCUUUGACGUUUAUGAAUGAUUUUUACCCCUCCUUGAUGAAAAGACCGUACAAUUAUACCUUUUGCAUUCACACCUUAAAAGCAGCAAUUAUUUGUAAAAACAAACCUGCCCCGUGUAUAGUAGCUUACGUCGCAGAUUUGUAUCAUACUUGAUGUUCAGAUUUAUAUACCAAAAGUUGAUUUAUACAUGAAAAUUUGGAAUUGAUACUGUAAAAAGACCUCGAUUAUGUUAUACUUUUAAGCGUCAUUUUCUUUUGUUGUUAUCUUACGAAAGAUCAUUCUAGUAAAGAAUUUCGACUGCUAUCGAGUUCAUUUUACUGCUAGUUAAUUUGCAACUUUUUGUUCUUUACUUUAUAAUGAUAGUAUUUUUUAGUCUUUUUUUAGUUGGAUUGUGGGCUCUUAAUAACUUUAUCUCUCUAUCAUCUUAAUUCCUCUAAGUACACAUCUUGUCAUAAUGUUUCUCUUAUUCAGUGCAGUGUAGUUUGAAGUUUUUGGCUAUCAUGUAUAAAUGUUAAUCGUCCAUUUUUUAAUUAGGUGAUGUAUAACGUAUUCUAUGCUGUACUUAGAUAUAAUGCUUAAUAAAGCUGAUAUUGGUAGGAAAGCUUUAAGGCAUAAUGGUACACGAAUUGUAAAAGUUUUAGAGCCAUGUUUUAUAGCCUCCCGCCUUUCCGGCCCAAGGGUAUUUCGUCCCGUCCACCAGCAUACAGAUACCUAGGUGAAACACUUUCCUCCAUAUAAAAAAAAUGAUUCUUUCAAAUGUUUGAACAUUUUUCAAAAUUUUUCAAAGGUCUUUGUUCUGAAAAAGCUUUUUCAAAAAAAACAUUUUUCUCCGGGGAAAGAAAUAGACACAAAAAGACGAAAAAUUGUCCUGAGAAUUUGCAAGUGAGCCAUAUGAUUUUGAGACAAAAAUCUUUUGUAAUCAUAUAUUCAUGUAUCACCUCCUAGAUUUCUUUUUCUGCGAUGUUUUGACCGGGCGUUUCUAGCAGCAAGCAAACUUCUUACUCUGUUAAUGUCAUUUCGUUAUUCCUUGGACCUGUUCCUAGUUACGUUUUUCCUUACCAAUGUUAUGUCUAUGGUCCCAACCGUUUCAAACAAAAGAAAAUUCGUCCGAAAAGGAAAAGAAACGAAAAGAAAAAACGGUAAGAACGGUACUUUUUGUUUAAUCUUUGUUGCACGUAGAGUUUGACUGUUUCUGUGGCUGUUUGACUGUUUCAAUGGCUAUGACGUAAAACCUAGUGUCCGACACACUACAUUUCCACCACACUGACGUGCUCCAUCUCAAAAAGCACCAAGGUUUAAACUAAAACGUAUUCAAACUCGGCAAUCUCACCGUUUCCUUGCAUGUUGUGAUAACAUUCAAUCAGUGGAUCAUCAAAUGAAAAUCUUCUCUUCGUCAUUUAGGCCAUGUUGUUACUUAGGGUACUUACAGUAGAUUGUGUUCACCUCAAAUGAUAUUUAACUCACGCUUUAAUGCACAGGACUAGAUAACAGCAAUAAAAUUUUACAUUAUAACGAAAGCAAAUUGACGGCUUCAUAUGCUACUUGUCUGUAAGUAACCACUUAUCUUUAGGCCUUAUCAAGAAAUACCUGAUAAGUUAUCAUAAUUCUGCCAAAAAACCACACGGGUCUGCAAAUCGAUUUUAUUUAUAUUUCCAAUCUUCUUUCCAAUAUCUAUAAAAUUGAAAUUCUAGCUCUUGCCUCCAUUAUAAAUUAAAAAACUUUUCAAGCAGCUGCAUAUUAUUUCAGUUCCUGAUAAUAAAUGAAUAUUUUAGAUCCAAAUCAAGCGGAUAAAUGGCUUUGUCAU